AUGGCCAGCAACGUAACUGCAAAAUAAUAGAAUGCCACACCUAUGGAAUAGGAAGAAGUUGAUCCUACUACCCAAUGGUUGAGCGAAAUACAAGAUCUUACUGAUGAAUAAAUUAGAAAUAGAACUAAAGAUCUUGAAAAUAACAUUUCUUUAAUGAAAAAGGAAUUACAAAGAAUUAAAAGUGACACUAACAAGACUACAAAACUUAUAAAUGACAACAAAUCAAAGAUUAAAAUGAAUAAGUAGUUACCUUACUUAGUUUCUAAUAUAGUUGAAAUUUUAGAUAUUGAACCUGAAGAAGGAGAAGAUGAAGACACUGCUACUGUCGAUAUCAAUUCUACUCGUAAAGGAAAAGCUGUUGUAGUUAAAACUUCAACCAAGUAAUCUGUUUUCUUACCCGUUAUUGGAUUAGUUGAUGCUGAAGAGUUAAAACCUGGUGAGAUUGUUGGUGUUAAUAAGGAUUCAUAUCUUGUUCUUGAAAAAUUACCUGCUGAAUACGAUAAUAGAGUUAAGGCUAUGGAAGUAGAUGAGAGACCUACUGAAAAAUACACCGAUGUUGGUGGUUUGGAUAAGCAAAUUGAAGAAUUAAGAGAAGCUAUCGUCCUUCCUAUUACACACAAAGAAAAAUUUGAAAGCAUUGGUAUUCGUCCUCCUAAAGGUGUUCUUAUGCAUGGCCCUCCUGGUACUGGUAAAACUAUGAUGGCAAGAGCUUGUGCUGCUGAUACCAAAGCCACAUUCUUAAAACUUGCAGGUCCUCAACUCGUUUAGAUGUUUAUUGGUGAUGGUGCCAAAAUGAUUAGAGAUGCCUUUGCAUUGGCUCGUGAAAAAUCACCUGCUAUUAUAUUUAUUGAUGAACUCGAUGCUAUUGGUACUAAAAGAUUUGACAGUGACAAGAGUGGUGAUCGUGAAGUCCAAAGAACUAUGUUAGAAUUAUUAAACUAGCUUGACGGUUUUUCACCUGAUGAUAAUAUUAAAGUUAUUGCCGCUACCAAUAGACCUGAUAUUUUAGAUCCAGCUCUUUUGAGAAGUGGUAGAUUAGAUAGAAAAAUAGAAUUCCCUCUUCCUACUGAAGAAGCUAGAGGUUAAGUUAUGAAAAUCCAUUCUAGAAAAAUGAAUGUAGCUAAAGAUAUUAACUUUUCCGAAUUAGCUAGAUGCACUGAUGGAUUUAACUGUGCUUAAAUGAAAGCAGUUUGUGUCGAAGCAGGUAUGUGUGCUCUUAGAAGAAGUGCUAGCUUCAUUACUCAUGAAGAUUUCGUUGAUGGUAUAGCAGCAGUAGAAGCUAAAAAGAAAGAAAAAUUAGAAUAUUUUGCUUGA